UUUGAGAAAGAGCAUUUAAACAUUUAUUUUUCUUUACAGAAGUAGUGUGACUAUAGUCUGAAACUGUGUUGUAAAAACAACUCUAACACCUUUGCUUUAAAGUGAAAACUUUGAAGAGAGUUUUUGGAAGCUAUGACACAAAGCAUCGCCUUAGAUGCCCCUCGGGUGCCAGAAAACGCUAUCAACAGCCAAGACACUGGUGCAAAAGAGCAAGAGAUAGAGAAAGAGAGAGAGAAACAUCAACCUGAGGAGAACAGCAGUCAGUUGCCUCCCACAGGCACCACAGCAAGGGACCGAACCUGCAACCUAAGUUGUGACAAAUUUAAGGCACUAUCUGGACUUGUAGUAGUAUUAUUAUCAAUUAUUAUUGGUUUAGUUACUACAUUAAUUGUACCACAUAAGUCUAGUCAGUAUUGUUGCCCAGACGAAUGGAUUGGUUUUCAAGAUUAUUGCUAUUAUUUCUCUAAUCAUGAAAGGAACUGGACUUCAAGUAGAAAUUACUGUAACGCUAAACAUGCUGAUCUAACUGUGAUCAACAACACUACAGGAACGAUGGAUUUUCUAAGACAACACAAAUGCACUUCUGAUCACUGGAUUGGGUUGAAGAUGGAAGGAAAGCAAAUGGGGAAAUGGGUAAAUGGAGCAAUAUUUAACCAAUUAUUUGAAGUGAGUGGAAAUGAAACAUGUGCCUACCUCAGUGAUGAUGGUGUAGCAACAGCUAGAUGCUACACAGAAAGAAAAUUCAUUUGCAGAAAGGAAAGAAACAGCAAGUAAAUAUUUCUAAUGUUGGACUUAUAACCAUGGGUAGAAGAGACCAGGAAGAAUUGUCGCUUGGAGCCAUCUGAAAGAACAUGGACCAGCAGACCACUUCAGCUGGGUCUUCCAGGUUCCAGAUAUAUGGACAAUAAAUUUCUAUUUUUAAUUA